AAAAAGGCAGGAUGGCCACUUGGAGCCCCUCCCCCCUUCAACUCCUUGGCCUCCUGUCCUUCCUCCUAUUCCUCCAAUGGGCCGCCGCUGCACCCACCGUCCAUUUCAACCUCAUCAAGAAGCCAUCACCCAAUGUGCCCACCUUCCGGGAGGCCCCGGCAUACCGUAAUGCCGAUGAGUGUGGCCCACCAACCUCCAACCUCAUCCACAUCUCCAUGACCCUCGAUGCCAACUACCUCAGGGGGACCAUGGCCGCCGUCCUGUCGAUCCUCCAGCACACAUCGUGCCCCGAGAAUGUCGCAUUCCACUUCCUCUCCGCACGGUUCGAGCCGGUCCUCUUGUCCAGCAUCAUUUCCACCUUCCCGUACCUCAACUUCAAGGUGUACCGCUUCGACUCGAGCCGCGUCAAGGGGAAGAUAUCCAAGUCAAUUCGCCUCGCGCUGGACCAGCCGUUGAACUAUGCACGCAUCUACCUUGCGGACCUCAUCCCUGCCGAUGUGGGCCGCAUCAUCUACCUGGAUUCAGACAUCGUCGUGGUGGACGACAUCAGGAAGCUAUGGGAGGUAGACCUUGAUGGGAAGGUUGUGGGUGCACCAGAGUAUUGCCAUGCAAACUUUACAAAGUACUUCACUGAUGCAUUCUGGCUUGAUCCGGUUUUGGCAGGAACAUUUGAAGGUAGGAAGCCAUGUUAUUUCAAUACAGGGGUCAUGAUCAUGGAUGUUGAUAAAUGGAGAGAAGGAGGUUAUACAAAGAAGGUUGAAGAUUGGAUGGGGGUGCAAAAGCAUAAGAGGAUAUAUCAGUUGGGGUCUUUGCCUCCUUUCUUGCUUGUGUUGGCUGGGAAUAUAAAAGCUGUAGAUCAUAGAUGGAACCAACAUGGCUUGGGUGGGGAUAACAUUGAAGGCAGGUGUAGGAGACUUCACCCAGGCACAAUCAGUCUCCUACAUUGGAGUGGAAAAGGGAAGCCAUGGUUGAGGUUGGACUCUAGGAAACCAUGCAAUGUGGACCACCUAUGGGCCCCAUAUGAUCUCUACCGUCCUUUGUCGCCCCGCUUGGAAGGAUGAGAAGAGAGAGAAAAGAGAGGAGUUUCCAAGAAAGGGGAAAG